AUUUGGUAUUAUUAUUAUUUUUCUGUCCAGAAUAAACAAGAAUUGCGAACAGUAGUAAAUAUUAACAAUUUGUUGUAUAUCUAAUUAUCAAAAAACAAAAAUGUCCUACAUAUAUUUGGUGCCGGUCGCCGUUUUUCUGAUAUUCCAGAUUACAUUUCUUGGAACUUAUAUCGCCGCCGUUCUUCAGGGCCAUGUAGUGCCCACAGUACCGUAUAUCAGUGACGAUGGCACAUACUCCCCAGAAAGUUGCGUAUUCGGUCAGCUUAUAAAUAUUGGUAGCAUACUAUUGGGAAUCACCAUUUACAUACGCUAUCGACAAAUUCAACAACUCUACAGUCAUCAUCCCGAUUUGGGAUCCCUACUUUUGCGUUACAAUAAAAUAGCAGUCUGGUUCGGCAUGGCUUCUUGUCUAGGUAUAAGUAUUGUUGGUAAUUUUCAAGAAACAAAUGUACGUAUUGUACACUUUACCGGUGCAUUUUGUUGCUUUGGUUGUGGUACUGUGUACUUUUGGUUGCAAGCAUUAAUUACCUAUUUGGUAUAUCCCAUUGCGGGUUCAAAAUUAUACGCACACAUACGUCUGGGUAUGUCUAUUGCCUGUACUAUACUUUUCAUUAUGAUUGCCAUAACUGGUGUUAUGUCACAUAUACUCUUCAAAGGCGACAAUCCAAGGCAAUGGUAUCCUUCGGAUGGUGGCUGGUAUUUCCACGUAGUCAGCUCAAUAUCCGAAUGGAUUAUGGCUACUAUUUUCAGCUUUUAUAUCUUAACUUUCACGGACGAGUUCCGUGAUGUAAGACUAGAUCAUCCAGAGUUGACCUUCAUCUCCUAUUCCAUAACUUUGUAAAGCUGUUAAAAUGGAUUUUCUUACAUAUGCGCUAUGUAUAUUUUUGUUUUCCUUUUUGUUUAUAAUACAAAACAACGAUGAAUGUUUGCAGUUGUAUAUGUUUCCAAAGAUCUAAAAGUGCUGUGAUAAGUUAUUAUUUUUUCUUAUAUUGAAUUAUUACACAGCAAAUGCAAGUUAUCAAAAAUUUAUAAGUCUUCUGCAUUGUAUUAUAUGAAUUUAAGUUCAAAGUUACAGGGUGUUUAUUAAAUAAUUUUUUUAACAUCUAUAGUUUUUAAUUGUAAUACAAAUAUUACAUAAUGUUUGCGAAAUUUUUCUAUGAAUGAAUUGUUAAUAUAUGUAUUUACCUAUGAAAUUACCUUUCAACGAAAAAAGUUUUUUUUAUUUAUUUUUUCAAUUAGUGAUUUGCAAUAUUCGAUUUUUUAUUAUGUUCCUUUAUUGAAAUAGAUAUAUGUACGUAUUGGUUAAUAUACAUAUAUGUGCAUCGAUUCAUCUUUGUUUAAGACAUACAUUUUUGCAUACAUAUACGUAAAUUGAAUUUUUGUUAUAUACAUACAUAUAUACAUGUACUAAUUAUAUACAGAAUUAUAUGAAAUAAACUGAUUUAUUGAAUGAAAA